AUGGAACGAAGCAGCCGAUCAAUCACAGCCACAGACAGGGUCGUUCCCCGUCCUCCUCCGCCCGCCGCCGCCCGCCGCCCGCCGCCUAUGCUUUCCUCUCCCGGGAACCCGCAUCCACGAUACUUAUUUGACCAAAAGCUUGUUAGAGACUUGCCUGUGAUACUGGUGAAUACUGAUCAAGCAAAAGACUCUGACAGCAUGGAAACAUACACUACGGAUGACGCGCUUUCAGCCAUGGGGUUUGGCAGAUUCCAGGCGCUUGUUCUUGCUUAUGCAGGAAUGGGUUGGGUUGUAGAAGCCAUGGAGCUCAACCUACUGUCAUUUGUUGGACCGUUGGUUCGGGAGGAGUGGAAAGUCUCUGCCCAAGAUGAGAGCCUACUCUCAAGUGUGGUCUUUGCCGGCAUGCUAACCGGCUCAUGUGCUUGGGGCUUUGUUUCUGACAGAUAUGGUCGAAGGACCGUUUUGCUGUUUUCAGCUCUGUUCACUAGCGGAAUGGGCUUCUUGAGUGCCUGGUCUCCCAACUAUUUAUGCUUGAUCGCUCUUCGGUUUCUCGUCGGCGUGGGAGUGGGUGGCGGGCAUGUGUUCUCAUCUUGGUUUUUGGAGUUUGUUCCUGCCCAAAAUCGUGGCACUUGCGUGGUUCUUUUUUCGCUUUUUUGGACUAUCGGCACCGUCUUGGAGGCUUCACUUGCAUGGGUUGUCAUAUCGGCAUUGAAUUGGCGGUGGUUGCUAGUAUUGACCUCCAUUCCAUGCUUCCUCUUGCUUCCAUUCUUUCGAAUAAUACCUGAAUCACCACGCUAUCUUUGUGCACAAAAUAGAAUGUCAGACGCUACACUUGUCCUGGAGAGUGUCUCUAUGAUAAACCAAGAAGAUCUUCCUCCUGGAGUUCUCACAUACCGCCGUGAAAGUAAAGUUGACACUCUUACAUCUGAGACCGAAAUAGAUCAUCUUCUUCCAGUCAGAGAGACAGAAUGCAAAGCUAACAAUGCCUUGAGCUUCAAAUCUGGCGCCGCUGCUGCACUGCGAAGGCUAUUGUCGCCAGCAUUGCGCCGAUCAACUCUUCUUCUUUGGUUUGUUUACUUUGCAAAUUCCUUUGCAUAUUAUGGGGUGGUCUUGCUGACAUCUCAGCUGAGCGAUGCCAAUACAAACUGCCCAUCUGGGCUGACAACUGUACAACGUCAAGAAGAUGCUAACCUUUACAGGGAUACAUUUGUUACGAGUUUAGCAGAGAUUCCUGGUCUAAUUGUAUCUGCCAUUCUUGUUGAAUGGAUUGGCCGGAAAGCUACAAUGUGGUCCAUGCUCUUCACUUGUUGUGCUUUCCUUGGGCCACUAGUACUUCAUCAGGAUGAGCUACUUACAACUGCACUCCUAUUCGGUGCUCGCGCAUGUGCCAUGGGUAGCUCCACAGUUCUAUGUUUAUAUGCCCCAGAGGUAUAUCCAACAUCAGUCCGCUCGACCGGUGUUGGGCUAGCAACCUCCAUUGGUAAAAUUGGUGGGGUUAUAUGCCCUCUUGUCGCUGUCGGCAUGCUACGGACCUGCCAUCAAAUGGAAGCCGUUUUUGUGUUUGAGCUGGUGUUAUGCCUCGCUGGAGUGGCCUGCAUUCUCUUCCCUGUAGAAACCAAGGGCCGUGAAAUUGACUGA